CUAGAGAGAGCUUUGAAAGCUUUGAUACAGCAGCUUAUGCUUCAUUUGAUACGGGACGUGGCAGUGAUGAAACCUCAGAAACGGUAGUAAUGCUCCCAAUUAAAAAAUUCAAAGCAAGUCAAGACGAUGAUCAUUAUGAAAAUGCGCCUCUUUUGGAUGAAACCAGCGCGAUGGGAGGAAAAGAUGGCAACGAUACAGCAGUAGAUAGUCUUUUGUACCUACGGUGGAGCGGAAAAAGGCAUUGUAACAUUUUUCGUUGGCAAACAUCAAAGAAUCAUUCUACGCAUAACAGGUUGAGACCCUAUAGCUACUGCUGUUGUUUUCGCACCAAAAGAUCCUUUAUUAUCACAUGUCUUGUCUUAUUUAUCCUGCCACUUGUUUCUUUCGUUCUGUUUUCCCUUGUAUAUUUCUCGCCAAUACACCUUCCAGCAAAGUCACUUGGAGUGUCAAAUUAUGCAACGUCUACAGUGCGACUGCUGACACUAAAUAUAUUCAUGAGACCACCAGGUGUAAAAAAUAAUGCCAAUGACUAUAAAGAACAACGUUUAGAUUAUAUUAUAGAACACAUCUUACCAUCCUAUGAUAUUAUUACCUUUCAAGAAGCAUUUGCGUUUGCUAACAGACGAGUGGACAAGCUCCUUGUGAAAGCCUAUGACCAGGGUUUCUAUCACCAUGUUGCAUCAUCCCGCCAUUAUCCUUGGGAGCUUGCUGGUGAUGGUGGCCUGCUUAUCCUCUCAAAGUUUCCUAUUGUACAGGCAGAUAGAAUUGAGUUUUCUCGUGGUGUACAUGCAGACUGGCUCUCUUACAAAGGUGCUCUGCAUGCACUCGUACAGCUGAACAAUAACAGUCUACUCCACAUCUAUACUACACAUACACAAGCUUCCUACGAUAACGCUGGUAGCUUCAACUUGGAUGACACAAAGGUUAGACUGUCACAGUUCGCAAGGGUGCAUCAGUUUAUUGCAGAGACAGCCAAAGAUGAUGACUACCCUAUCUUGCUUAUGGGUGAUCUUAAUGUGGAUGCUGCUAUGCAUAAUCAAAGUAUACCUAUUAACGUUCGUCCUCAUGAAAGUUCGUUUGCCUACAAGAUGAUGAUGGAUGUUCUCAGAGGCAAAGGCAUCAACCUUGCUGAUUUGACAAAUGGUGCCGAUAGCUCAAUACUAUACUCCCAUCCCUGGCGUCUUGAUACCCUAACUGAUGCAGUCUACGAGACAUUUGGAUAUCAUCCUGUCACAUUUGGAGAUUACAAAGUGCUUGAUAACGGCACCUUUAUACCAGCAGAGACAUCACUAACAAGCCAUAAUCAAUUGCUCACAGUACAAAGCAUCGACAGGCUUUUGUGGGCUGAUCGCAAAGAGAAACACUCUAUGAAGCUUACAAACAUAACAGUCGAGCCUUUUUUUGUUAAGAAGAAGACCGUUUCUUUUACACAGAUAUCAGGUAUGUCUUUAAUUCUUGCAAUCAUUAUGGUUUGA